GGACUAACUCUAUGUAUUCCUCUUCGUAUAGAUCCACCCUAAGACUCAUCUUGCGGGAGAGCUCUUGCUCGUCUUUCAGGCAGACAAAGGUGACGCGGAAGUGGCGCGUGUUCGCGUGACUUUCUCCCUCUUUACUUUUGUACUUCAAUUAACAAUUGCCUCGUCAAUCAACAUCACGGAAGGCGCUGAGACAAGUCUUCAAAAGGACGAUAUGUACCUGAUGCUUAGAAGCCGAAAUCGUCACCAGGCGGGCUAAAUCCUUCAUGAUGACUGUAUCUCUCGCCUCUGCGGUAAUGUCAGGCGGUGAUCUGCGCAUUUGAAAGACAGAUGGAAUUAAUCGUUUGUACACGGCGAUGUAUGGCUUCAUGGCACCCCAGUUGCACUCGGAGUACUUCGUAUACCACGCAAUUCCGUCGGCAUUUGACCAGCGAUUCGCGGAAGGCAAGUAGACGCGAAUGAUGACAUCGGCUUCAGCACCCCGCUACUCCAACACCUACUCCAACAGCUCCACAACAGCUCCCAGCUCCACAAAGGAGCUCGUAAAGCAUCUCCGCUCCCUCUACUCCCCUCCGCUCACCGUGACCUUCCUUGGUACCUCCCAAUUCCCCCUCACACCACCCGCCAUGUCACAACUCCUCAAAAAGUCUCUCAAGCUCGCGCUCGUGCAACUCGCCUCAGGCGCCGACAAAACCGCCAACCUGCACAACGCGCGCACAAAAGUCCUCGAAGCCGCCCGCGCAGGCGCCAACCUUGUCGUGUUGCCCGAAUGCUUCAAUUCACCUUACGGCACAAAGUAUUUCGACACGUACGCCGAGACGCUGCAGCCGUCGCCGCCGAGCGCGUCUGCAUCGCCAACUUUCCACGCGCUGGCUCAGCUCGCUCGCGAGGCCGGCGUGUACCUGGUUGGGGGCAGCAUUCCGGAGCGCGAUCAUGCGGAUGCGAAAACGUUGUAUAAUACGUCACUGACGUUUGGGCCCGGGGGAGAUUUGAUUGCAACGCAUCGCAAGGUGCAUCUCUUCGAUAUCGAUAUCCCGGGGAAGAUCAAGUUUGUCGAGUCCGAUGUACUGUCGCCAGGGAAUAAAAUUACGAUUGUCGAUUUGCCCGAGUAUGGAAAAGUGGGCAUCGCGAUUUGCUAUGAUAUACGGUUCCCAGAGUUGGCGACAAUCGCGGCACGCAAGGGCGCGUUCCUGCUCAUCUAUCCUGGCGCUUUCAACUUGACGACCGGCGCACUUCAUUGGGAGCUCCUGGCUAGAGCGAGAGCUACGGACAAUCAGGUAUUUGUGGGACUCUGCAGCCCUGCGAGAGAUAUGAAGGCAGACUACAAUGCGUGGGGGCACAGUAUGGUGGUCGACCCCAAUGCGCAUGUGUUGCAGCAAUUAGAGGAGAAAGAGGGGAUCAUCGUGCAAGAACUACAGGCAGGAAAAAUCGAAGAGACACGAAAGGGUAUCCCCUUGUAUACACAGAGGCGGUUUGAUGUGUAUCCUGAUGUAAGCGAAGGUGGAAGGUUCAAGGAGUAGAUUAUGCGGAAAACGUGAUAAUACACCUGGCUGGUUCUGUGUCGCUAUGUAUACCACCACCAUGAUCUCAAUACGUUACAA